GGGCAACCACGGUGUCUGCAACGAAGUUGACGGAGUAACGUUGGCUGCCGCGGACUUUGCUUUUGCGUUAUCAUAGCUCUGAUAAGAGCGUCAGUCGAGGAGGGAAAAGGCGGCAGACAAGUUCCUCUUUCGUGCGUUGCCUGAAAUGGCCUCCAAUGGACGUACGAAGGCUUCCACCAAAGAGAGCGUGGUUUUCAAAGUGGAACAAGUGAAAUGGUCAAGCACAGAGUACUACAUCAACAAAACAAGUAUUCCAGAAAAGAUAAGGUGCCACAGUUGUCGCUGUGUCCCAGAUUCAAUAUAUCCUCUGGAAAAUGAAUGCCAAGGUCAUGGACUCUGCAGAGACUGCAAAGAAUUUGAUUUCACUUGCCACCAUCAUCACGGCGAUGUAACAGCCGAGGCGCUGCGGAAUGCAGUUGGGAAAUCAAAUGUUGCUGCCAAGAAACUUACGAUUCAGUGUCCGGUUUGCAAAUAUUACGCAAGUUUUUUUAAUAUUAAGGAUCACAUUGCUAAAAGACAUCCUAGAGGGCUUGCGGAUAUGCUCAAGAGUUCCCAGAAGACUAAAUACGAGAAAGAGAAACCUGCUUCCACCCAGGAGAAACAUCGAACGAGUUCCUUAACAUGGAGAGAAGACCAUUUCAGCAAGAACGCGGAUGUCACGGUGGAGUCGGAGGGCGAUGAAGCAUCUGCUUGUAAACACUGCAAGGAGGAAUGGGAUGCGCGUGAACUUGGGGAACAUGAGAAGGCUUGUCCUAAAAAAGAAGUUCAAUGCCGUGACUGUGAUGAAUGGAUCAAACAGGAGGAGUUAAGUGACCACAAGAAAAACUGCCAGUUUGGGAAGUGCAAUUCCUGCAACGAAAAAAUUAAAAAAGAAGAGAUGACUACACAUGAAGACAUAUGCGAGGAGAAGAAAAUUCCGUGUUGCUAUCACAUAUAUGGCUGCAACGAGGAGGACAAAAGAAAAAACAUCAAUUAUCAUGAAGCACAUGACUCUCAUGCCUUGCUUUUUCUACCGAAAAUUCAGGAACUUCAAGAAAGAAUUCGACAGCUGGAGCCUCCAAUUCGAGCUAUUUUGAAGCGGUUCUAGGCUUCCACGUGAUCUCUCAAUGAAGAAAUUUGAAGAAACCCAAGAAAACCGAGUUUGGCCAAAUUAAAAACGUUGAUUAUCAACCUGA